CGCCAUCAACUUGGUUUUGAGUUAGAGUCCUCUCAAUACUAGGCCACAACAUGUCUCCGAGUUGGUCAUACCAUGCCUCCUAUUCGGACAGGUCGAGCUUUGAAGGCGUGCAAUUCGUGCCGUAAGAACAAGACACGAUGCUAUCCGUCCAACAAUAUGAACGGCGGCUGCCUUCGGUGCGUGACGCUGGCGCAGCCUUGCUCGCUGGAUCUCGAGCUGGCGAGACCUAGUCGCAAGUUGAGCCCGUCAACUCAGUCCCUGUCGAAACAGAAUUCUGCACUGGAGCAGCAGAGUGCUGUCGAUGAGAGAAUCCGCGAACUGGAAAGAACGGUAGAGCGUUUGUUCAAUCGCCUCGAUGUCAAGAUCGAUGCCUUAGCCAGUCAGUACAACCACGGAUUGCCUUCGAGAGAAGAAAAGGGCGCCAUCGAACAUGAUCCAGGCCCUGUGCUCCUCAUUAGGGAGGCUGCUCUAGACGCUGGAGUACGCUCACCGGAGCAGAGUGAAGUUCGUCCCGAAGCAUAUGCCGACCCAAUAACUGCAGGCCUGGUUUCCCCGUCCAUUGCCCACUCCUUAGUUGAAUUAUUCCAUACCCACUACGGCAGAUGGGUGAAGUUCCCAGAGGAUAUCUCAACCCCAGCGCUUCUGUCGCAGAUCAGACAGUCGCCGCUCCUUACAUGCAGCGUAUUGCUGAUUGCUGUUCGGCAUACUACGCAAGACCUGGCAGACCGACUCGCGCCGCAGCUGUUUCGAGAAGCAAAGCGUCUGGUCACGUCCUCGUUACUGGUGGUCCCUCAAACGACACAAUUUUUCCAGGCCGUUCUAAUCCUGAGCCUUUGGUCAACUACCAUCGCUCAAGUGCCACUGAGUAUGGACAGCUGGCUUCUAACCGGCUAUGCUCUGCAGCAGACAUCGAUCAGCCCGGAUCUGCACGAGGUGAUGCGAUCCGACGCAGCUCUUCCUACCGCACGAGCCCACUUCGAUGCGUGGUGUUUAUGGAACCACCUAUGCUUGGCUCAUUUACAAUACUGCGUAGGCACCCGUCGCCAGGCUCUCCUGACCGAGGUCGACAUUGAACGCUGCGCGCGAAUUAUGCGAACGGACAGCAUCACCAACUACGAAGCACGAAUGAUUGCCGAGAUCAAGCUCUAUUGGAUCAUCUACCGCAAGUGUUGCGGAUCGCACUGGGACCUCGAACCGGCGAAAAGUGCCCUGGCAAACUGGCAACAAGAGUUUCGCACACUAUUCUGUAGGUGCCUUCACCUUUUGUUGGCUGCGCGUGCUUCCUGACACAACCUUCAAAAAGCCCAACCUCGUUCCCAGUUUCUCCGCAUGGGCUUUCACUUUGCGCACCUUCUGGCCUACAGAAACUGCCUGAGAUCGUCCCCUCACGAGCCAUCCGACAACAUGAGCAGCAGCAGCAGCACCGCAUCCCUGAUCGCUGAAAUGAUCCCCCACGGGAAGAACAUCAUCGAUCUCGCAAUCAGUACCACGGAUGACCGGACCCGUCAUCUGACGGACCAGAUAUACCACCUCAUCACCUUCGCGGCGCUCACCCUGUGCGGCCUCGUGCACACGUAUGAGUCCCACCUGCGAGCCGCGGGCCAUGACGUGGACGGCCUGGACGGUCUGGUUUUGAGGCUCGUCGAGUGGCUGCGAUCGAUAGG